AUGGCCACUUUGUCCUACGCAGAGGAGAAGGGCACUGUCGAGAAGAUCGACUUUGUCUCUGACGCCUCUGAUGUCGAGGAUUCACGCAUCACAAACUUCACACCAGAGCAGCAAAAGAAGAUCAUUCGCAAGGUUGACAUGAGACUGAUCCCAACACUGGGGUUCAUGUACAUGGUCUCUCUGAUGGACAGGACCAAUCUGGGUGUCGCCGUGGUAGCUGGUAUGGGAGUCGAUCUCAAGCUCAUCGGCAACCGAUACAGUAUCAUCGUCUUGUUGUUCUUCAUCACCUACGUUUUGUGCCAGCCGCCUGCGACCGUCGUUCUGCGCAAGCUUGGUCCCCGCACCUUCCUGCCGGCGAUUGUCGUCAUCUGGGGUUCAGUCAUGAUUGGCUUUGGCUUCGUCAAGGAGUGGCACACUCUUAUUCCCCUCCGCCUGGUUCUCGGUAUUUUCGAGGCUGGUUUCUUCCCUGGCUCUGCAUACCUCCUCUCUUGCUGGUACCAACGCUAUGAGCUCCAGACGAGGAACUCCUUCUUCUUCAUGAUCGGCAUGUUGUCUUCUGCUUUCUCUGGUAUUCUCGGAUACGUCUUCUCGCUCCUCGAGGGUCAUGGUCACCAGUUCGCCUACUGGAUGGGCAGACACUUUGGCCCCACAAAGAAGGCACCAAAGACUCCUGUCAGCUUCGGUCCUGGACUGAGCGGCUGGCGCUGGAUCUUCAUCCUCCAGGGUGUUCUCACUGUCGUCAUUGGCUUGGUCGGCUGGUACUUCAUCGUCGACUUCCCUGAACUGGCCGCCAAACAGACCAAGUUCAGCAAGAAGUUCCUCGAGCAGGAAGAGGUUGACUUCAUCGUCGCCCGCAUCGAGGCAGACAGGAAGGAUGUCAUCCCAGAGGAGUUCAACACGGCCAAGUACCUUCGAGGUGCUCUCGACCUCAAGGUCUGGGGCUUCGCCUGGAUCUUCAUGAUGACCACCGUUACUACAUACGCCAUCGCGUACUUCCUCCCAAUUAUUCUAAAAGAUGGAAUGGGCUUCAACACCGCCAUGGCUAACAUUCUCAUCGCGCCUCCCUACCUCUUCGCCGCCAUCGUCAUGAUCACAUACGCCAGGAUCGGCGACAAGUACCACCUGCGCUCGCCCAUGAUCCACAUGAACGGCCUCUUCACCAUGAUCGGCCUCGCACUCAUGGGCUUCACCAAGAUCGUCGGCGUCCGCUACUUCGGCGUCUUCCUCGCCACCGCCGCCGUAAACUGCAACGUGCCCAUCAUCCUGACAUGGCAAGCCAACAACAUCCGCGGCCAGUGGAAACGCGCCCUAUGCUCCGCUACACUCGUCGGUGCCGGCGGCGUCGGUGGCAUCAUCGGCGGUACCGUCUUCAGGACCCAGGAUGCGCCCAACUACGUCCCCGGUAUCUCGGCCUGCAUGGGCGCUGGCGCACUCACUAUUGUCGUUACGGGGCUGUUGAACCUCAAGUUCUGGCGCGCGAACAAGCGCGCUGAUGCGGGUGGCAAGAUCAUCGAGGGCCUUCCUGGCUUCAGGUACACUCAGUAG